UUAAUGAAAACAAACAUUUUCUUUUUGGUCUUAAUUUAGGGUGUGGCAUAAUGUUAGCAAUGUGGUUAGCGUUAAGGUUGAAAUCUAAUUUUAAGAAGAUAAAUUGUGGGAAUGGGUGGGGUUUAUGACUUUGUGGCUGUGGUAACUAGUGACGACCGACUGCGUUGGACGCGUCUUCAACAACACCGCUAAAUCAUCUCUGUAGCUUGUUAGCCAACAUGAAAUACAAACAUUGAAGCUCUGUAGACCAUUUUUGUGUAGCUACACGAAUCUCGGUGAUUUAAACACAGUUCUUUUAACGUUUCUACUAGUUCAAUUAAACGUGAUUUGCUUGCUAAAUUUGCACAUGUGUUACCGGGCCUAGCAUUAGGGUAGUCGCUAAUGCUAACUAGCUAACAUCCCUGACAAUAAGUUCACUAAGCUACUCUCCCCCUGCUAAUGAAGAUGAGGUCUGCUGGGCGGAGAAAGCAGCUCUGGGGAUGAACAUUGUCAUUAAAGAAGAAGAGGAGGAUAUUACAGUGAUAGGAACGGAAGAAGCUUGUCGAAUUAAAACAGAGGAAGUGGGGAUAGAGGCUGUCACAGUGGAAGAAGAGGUAGAAGCUUUCAGAAUAAAAAAGGAGAUGGCUUCCUCUAUCACAUUGAAAGAAGAGCCUUUUGGAGUGAAGGAGGAGUCAAUAACAUUGAAAGAAGAGAAACCUUUUGGGGUGAAAGAGGAGGAGGAGGAGGAGGAGACAGAAGAUCCGGUUAACACUGAUCCAAAAACGAGGCAAUAUGCAGUUUCCUGGCCCUCCCAGAGCUCUACAGUGAAGGAGGACAUCAGAAAGAUACAGGAAGAAGCUAAUGUGACACCUGUGAGUCCCAGACAGUUUGGUGGUGAUGACGAUGCUAUUCACUGCGACCAAGAAUGGGACGUGAAAGACAAGGAUUGGUUUCCUAGCAACAGGCUGAAGGCGGAGUUGGCUCCAGAGAGCCACACCCCAGAGCAGAGGGGGAGUGGUGACAUGUCUUUCCCUCUCCCAGAGGCCCCAGGUCGUGCCUCUCCCACUGUUGCCUCUCCCACUGUUGCCUUACUGUGGGGUCUGAAGAGGGUGUCUGUGCGGCUGGUCGACUGCAGGAAAACACCGGGUCUGCGUGGAACUGUGAGAGGAGGAGAAGAGGGAGAUUCAGAUUCAACAGGUGAAAGACCAGACUCAGAGGAACCAGAGCCAGAGACAUCCAAACCAGUAAGACAACACCACUGCUCCCAAUGUGGAAAGAGUUUUACCCGGUUAGGGUCCUUGAAAAGGCAUGAAGGAAUACACGCAGGAGAGGAGACUUACCACUGCUCCCAGUGUGGAAAGAGUUUUACCAGGUUAUUUAGCCUGAAACGACAUGAGAUGAUACACACAGGAGAAAAGCCUUUCCACUGCUCCCAAUGUGGAAAGAGUUUUACCCGGUUAUGGCACCUGCAAAUGGAUGAGAGAAGGCACAGAGGAGAGAAGCCUUUCCGCUGCUCCGAUUGUGGAAAGAGUUUUACCCAAUUAGGGAGCCUGAAAGAACAUGAGAGAAUGCACACAGGAGAAAAGCCCUUCCACUGCUCACUUUGCGGAAAGCGUUUUACCCAUUUAGGAAGCCUGAAAGGACAUGAGAGCAUGCACAGAGGAGAAAAGCCCUUCCACUGCUCACAUUGUGGAAAGCGUUUUACCCGGUUGGGGCACCUGAAAACACACGAGAGAAUUCACACAGGAGAAAAGCCCUUCCACUGCUCCCUGUGUGGGAAGAGUUUUACUCAGUUAGGGGGCCUGACAAAACAUAAGAUAUUACACAAAGGAGAGAAGAAUUUCCACUGCUCUCUGUGUGGAAAGAGUUUUAUCCAGUUAUGGGGCCUGAAAACACAUGAGUGGACACACAUAAAAGAGAAGCCUCACCCCUGUUCACAGUGUGGAAAGAGUUUCACACAGUCAAGAUACCUGAAAAAACAUGAGCUGACACACUCCGCAGAGAAGCCUUGAAAGAAUCCACAUGGCAGAGAAAUAUAUAUUGGAAAGAUAUUUACCUAGUUAGGGAACCUGAAAGACCACAAGGUAACAGACACAGGGGAAAUGCCUUACCACUGCUCCCAGUGUGGAAAGAGAUAUUUAACAAUAAUACAUCAGUUAAUUAAUGAGUUAACACAUACAGUGCUCCAACACUUGUCUCAUAUUUUUUGACUGACUGUUUAUGCCACACGAAAUCAAAUUGUACAAAGUGAACUCAAUGUUUUUUUUUUUUUACAUGAAUUGGACAUAUACCUGUUUCAGUAUAGAGUAGGUCCGUUGUAAUGCUUUUUAAAUAAAUUAUAACUUUUUAGAACUCUGUCUUUGUGUAUUUUCUCUGUGUGUUAAUCAAGUGCUAUCUAUUUACAUGUGCUAUAUUUCCUCUUGUGUUUGCAUUGUGUAUGUGUGUGUGUGAAAAAAUAAACUAAUGUACAGACUGA